UCCUUUUUCGCAGCGGAAUCGGUGUGGCGUCGGAAUCCUCAAUGGAAGAUGAAUAGCAUACUCCCUUCGUUCAGCUACUUACCUUCCGCCCCCGCCUCCACUACCACCACCACUACCGGUUCACGUCCACCCCCAUCAAAAGUCAAUGCUCCUACCGACUCCUCCCUUGUGUUCGACCCCACCAGCGACAUCGUUUCCUCUUGGAACCAUGUGUUCUUGAUCAUUUGCAUCAUGGCAUUGUUCAUAGACCCUCUAUACUUCUUCCUCCCCUACGUCGGAGGCCCGGCAUGCUUGGCCUCGGACGCCGGUAUGGGAGUAUUCAUUACGGUUUUAAGGUCUAUGGCGGAUCUUUUAUACCUUAUGAACAUGCUUAUGAAGUUCAGGACCGGUUUCAUCGCCCCGAGUUCUAGGGUUUUCGGAAAGGGUGAACUUGUUAUGGAUACGAGGGAGAUUGCACUGCGGUACUUGAAGAAGGAUUUUAUCAUUGAUCUUGCAGCUACCUUACCACUACCUCAGUUUGUGAUAUGGGUAUUGAUUCCGACCACGAGAAACUCAACAGCAGAUCACGCAAACAACAGCAUUGCUCUUAUUGUUCUCCUUCAAUAUGUUCCAAGGUUGUUCAUUAUCUUCCCUCUUAACAACAAGAUCAUCAAAACCAAUGGCAUUCUUGCCAAAACUGCUUGGGCUGGUGCUGCAUACAAUCUCCUUCUCUAUCUCCUCGCCAGCCAUGUAUUGGGAGCGAUAUGGUAUUUGUGCUCGAUAGCGAGGCAUUUUUCGUGUUGGGAACAUGAAUGCCAGAGAGAGAACCUGUCGAGAACAGUUGCUUGCAUCCCAGCAUUCCUAGAUUGUAAUAGCUUGAGAACACCAGAGAGGGAAUAUUGGGUGAAUGUCACCAGCGUCCUCACCAACUGUGACGUUACCAACGAAGCCGUUGAUUUCAAAUUCGGGAUGUUUGCGCCUGCUUUCAACAAUGAUGUUGCCUCCAAGAAUUUCGUUGACAAGUAUUUGUAUUGUUUUUGGUGGGGUCUCAGAAAUCUAAGUUCAUAUGGGCAGAAUUUGGUGACAGGCAUAUAUAUUUGGGAGAAUAUUUUUGCCAUUUCCAUAUGCUUAUUUGGGUUGGUUCUGUUUGCACUCUUGAUUGGCAACAUGCAGACUUCGUUGCAAUCAAUGACGGUAAGAAUUGAGGAGUGGAGGCUUAAAAGAAGGGAUACAGAGGAGUGGAUGAGGCAUCGUCAGUUACCUGAAGAUUUACAGCAACGUGUUCGACGAUUUGUCCAAUACAAAUGGCUUGCAACAAGAGGAGUGGAUGAGGAGUUCAUAUUACAGUCAUUGCCUUUGGAUCUCCGCCGCGAAAUUCAACGCCAUUUGUGUCUCUCCCUUGUUCGCCGUGUUCCUUUCUUCUCACAAAUGGAUGACCAACUUCUCGACGCCAUGUGUGAGCGUCUAGUCUCGUCAUUGAGUACCGAAGGCAAUUACAUCGUCCGGGAAGGCGAGCCGGUGAACGAGAUGCUCUUCAUCAUUCGAGGCCAACUCGAGAGCUCCACCACCGGCGGAGGAAGAACCGGUUUCUUCAACUCCAUCACACUCCGACCAGGCGAUUUCUGUGGUGAAGAGCUUCUAACAUGGGCUCUAAUGCCCAACUCCACCCUCAACCUCCCCCUCUCAACUCGUACGGUACGAGCCAUAUCUGAAGUUGAAGCCUUCGCACUCCAAGCGGACGACCUCCAAUUCUUCGCACAUCAAUUCAAAAGACUACAAAGCAAGAAGCUCCAACAUGCUUUCAGAUACUAUUCUCAUCAAUGGCGGACGUGGAGCGCAUGUUUCAUACAAGCCGCAUGGAGAAGGUUCAAGAAGAGAAAAACGACGAAAGAGUUGAUGGCAAGGGAGAUGAGUUUCUAUGGGAGGACAAUAGGUGAAGAUGGUAACUAUUACAAGAUGAAUCGCGUGGAAGAAGAGUUACUUGAUCAUGAAGGUAAUGAUGGAACUGGAGAGACAUCAACAUCAUAUAUGGAUAAUUCACAAAAUCAUCAACAACUUGGGGCAACCAUAUUGGCACAAAGGUUUGCUAAAAAUACUAAACUUGCUAAAAAAGUGUCUAAAGUUACUUUUAUUGAUCCUUCAUCUGGCGGUUUAAAGAUGCCCAAGUUGUUUAAACCAGAUGAACCUGAUUUCUCUGUAAACCAUAUUCAAAAUGUUUAG